CCCUGUGUGCGUGCGCAUGUUUUUAGUGACGCACGCACGCGCACGCACUGAUCACGGUCUAGUCUGGCGCAGGCCUGUUGACGUUCCGGUAUAUCACCGCGUUGGGUUUACGGUUAGAGUCACGAUGCCCACCAUUAAACUGCAGAGCUCGGAUGGAGAGAUGUUUGAGGUGGAUGUUGAAAUUGCAAAGCAGUCUGUCACUAUAAAAACCAUGCUUGAAGAUUUGGGGAUGGAUGAUGAAGGAGAUGAUGAUCCAGUUCCUCUGCCCAAUGUAAAUGCAGCUAUCCUCAAAAAGGUAAUUCAGUGGUGCACCCAUCAUAAAGAUGACCCUCCUCCUCCUGAAGAUGAUGAAAAUAAAGAGAAAAGAACAGAUGACAUCCCUGUGUGGGACCAGGAGUUCCUUAAAGUAGACCAGGGCACCCUCUUCGAACUUAUUCUGGCUGCAAAUUAUUUGGACAUCAAAGGUUUGCUAGAUGUUACUUGCAAGACGGUUGCAAACAUGAUCAAAGGCAAAACCCCAGAGGAGAUCAGAAAGACUUUCAAUAUCAAAAAUGAUUUCACAGAGGAAGAGGAAGCCCAGGUACGCAAGGAGAACCAGUGGUGUGAAGAGAAAUGAUCAUCCUGACUUCUUCUUAAACACUACGGAUUGUCCAAAAAAAAAAAAAAAACAGAUGAAAAAUUGCACUGCGCUGUUCAUAUUUGUUAAGAUUUAACAGAAAUAAAGAUAGAGUCAGAUCCUUGUGUUGCUGGCAUGACCAUUUUCAUGGCUCGUGUGGUGCAAAUGCUUUUAUUUUAUAUCAUCAUUUUCCUGUAGAUAUACACUCCCCUUCUGUCACCAUCCUACAUCAUGCGUGUUUGUGCGGGUGUGUUUUUAUUAACAGGACUUUAUCCGCAGAGUAGAUUCAUUUGUCUUUUUUUGGACAUAUAGCUUGGGUAAAUUUUAUAAAUAUCGCCUUAUUUGUUUUGAUUAAAGCGGAGUAGGCUUGAGAAGUUUGUUUAGUGAAAUGGAAGUCCUUGUGUAAUAUUUCCUUAUUUACUCUUGACUUGUAUAGGAUCAGACACCUUUCAAAGUUCUGCUCAUAAAAUGACAAUUCGGAUUAUUAACCUUGUCAUUCCAAAAAUAAUCAAUAAAGUCGAAUUAUUGUGG